AUGCAUACGAACCAGCGGCCAUCGGAUCUUACUGCAGCCCAAGGCAUAUAUCCCCACACUAGCUCCCUUGUAGAGUUUGAACUGGCAGCUCGGCAUCAAAUUGUGUAUCCCAAGUCAGAGCCGCUAGACGCCGCUCGUCUUGCUGCUUUUAUUGCUUCUACACCUUUCGGAGGGACCAACAUCAAUGCAUCGUCUGGCACAUCGCAACAACCUGAAGUCGGCAACACAUCUGCUUGCCCUUUGGCAACGGUUGGGAAGGUUCCUCAUCGAACCUAUUCUGACGACAUCAAUGAUGGCACUUCUUCAGUGAUUAAUUCUCUUGGGCCGCCUAAACCUGGUGCAUAUUGUGAUUCUAGACUCAACGUGCUAAAAAUUGGGUUCUGGACUCGUGUGGCUAUCCCCAAUGAACUCGCCGCGUCUGCGAUAUCCUUCUAUCUUGUGUACGAACACCCCUUAUUCACCGUGUUUGAUGCAGAUCUUGUCUUGACCGACCUUGUCAAGCACCGGUUAAGAUUUUGCUCUGCCUUUUUCGUGAGCUCUCUAUUAUACCUCUCAUGCCAAGCGUAUGCGCGAAUUGACCGCCGAUCAUUGGGCUUUGUGCCUGAGUUCCGCCGAGAGGCCAGCACGUUGUGGCGAGCUGAACGGAACUCAAGGUUUACCUCUACAAGUGUCGCAACCAAGGAUUUCCCGGACGCUAUCAUGGUACUUGCCGCAGCCGAACUCAUGUGCCUCGGCUGCGAACUGGAUGGUCAGGAUGAGAUGGGUCGUGAGUUUUUGGAAGCUGGCCGCAAACUAGCCACGGAACUCGGCCUCAUAGAUGCUGCCGUUGGGAGUAGUCAGCUUCAAAAAGUUCACGAAAUGACUCCGGAGUGGAAGAAAAUGGCGGCGCACGUGGCGUGGGGCACAUAUAAUUGGACCUCCGUAUUCAGCUUCUUUUUCUUCGGACCACCAAUCUUGUAUCCUCCAAGCCUCUCAGUACCGGGCGAACAUGAGGUGAACGUUGACGAGAUUGGCUCAUCGAAAGAGCCUGACAUCGAUACUUUGCCAGCAUAUACGGGGCAAACAUUCCCGACCAUGUGCCGAUUUUGGGAAAUUUUCCAAGAGAUUGCUGUUGUCUACCUUGGACUUCAUGACCGGCCCCUAUCUCAACGUGUUCCGCUUGCAUUCGCAGAAGCAAAGUACCAAAAGCUACUGACAUGGGCAGACACCAUGUUAGAAGGUGCAACCAGAGGACAUUAUACUCCAGCACACGUUUCAAUAUUUCACAUGAUUUUCCAUAGCAUGGUUAUCCAAAUGUUCCAUCCCUUCUUGCAAGCAUCCACGGACUUGGGUUCUCAUAAAAUGCGCUCCUUUUCAUCAACCGACAGUACGCCCGCUGCCGUCAUUGCCGCAUCACUAAAUCAGCUCUCCCGACAAUUAUUCCAAUACCAGCAGCGCACUCAUCCUGCGACAUUCAGUAUCUUCCUCAACAUCGCACUUGUGCAACUUGGUGAUGCGAUGCUAAACCGGCGAUUAUGCAAAUUUCCUAAUCGGCGCUUAUGCUUUUUGCUCUGUAUGUAUGGCUGGCUCAGUUUGUAUGAGAGCUACAACCUAUUCUGGGAUGUAACCAAGGGAUUUUUAGCAAGGGCUUUAAGUGAGAGACUGCUGUCUAGUGCCGAGGCAAAGGCUUACAUGAAGGACUUACUACGCUGUGGGGUACAUCACAAGGUCCCGCAACAUACGGUGUCGUCCAUGAUUAUUGAUUUUAAUCUUGCUGAGGAAGAUCCAGAUUUGGCGAGGAUAAAGGUUAUUGCCGAAAUGUUUGAUGACUUAGCUCUGCACGCAGAGUUCACAACUAACACGUUUGAGUGGGAAGGGUGA